AUGGCUGAUACUGCUCUAAUCAGUGGUUUGCUUUCAAACUUGGUACAUGUAAUUAAGGAUGAAUUCUCGUUGUUUGGGAAUUUUAAGAAGGAGGUUAAUGAGCUAUGGAGCACUCUAUAUUCAAUUAUUGCAGUACUUGGGGAUGCUGAGAGAAAGAUCGUGCGGGAGAAGGACAAACAAGCUGAAGAUUGGUUGCGGAAACUGAAAAAUGUAGCAUACGAGGUUCGAGACAUCAUGGAUGAGUGCACAUUUGAAGAUCUUCGUCUUCAAGUCAAAAGGCUUAAUCCCUCCUCCUCUUCAACCCGGAUCCAGGUAACCAAUCGUUUUAUAACUCGGUCACGUAUUGGUCAAAAACUUAUGCACAUGCAAACCAAACUUGAACAAAUUUCUUACGAGCGCCAAAAGUUACAUUUGCGUGAAUCUUUUUCUUACUCAAGAAUAGAGACGUUUACUAGUAGUAGGCGUCAAACCGUGUCUAUUUCUAAUAAUCAAGUAUAUGGGAGAGAUAAGGAGAAGAAAGAGAUUAUUGAUAUUCUACUCAAUAAUACAUCAAGUGUUAGUGUUUCUACAGAACUAUCUGUUCUGGCCAUUGUUGGAAUUGGCGGUAUAGGUAAAACAACACUUGUCCAAAUGGUCUUCAAUGACGACCAAGUUUCUAAGCAUUUUGAUACCAAAAUCUGGGUUUGUGUUUCUGAUGAAUUUGAUAUUAAAUUGGUGAUCAAGGAUAUCAUAGAAGCAACAACUGAAAAAAUUGAAACUUCCUUAGAGAUAUUGCAGAAAAUGCUUGAAGAUAAAUUGAGAGGGAAAAGAUAUUUGAUUGUAUUGGAUGAUGUUUGGAAUGAAAAUGCUGACGCAUGGGAUCAGUUGAGAUCUAUCUUAAAUUGUGGAUCAAAUGGUGCAUUCGUCCUUACCACUACACGUAAAAGAAAUGUGGCGGAGAUCAUGGGAACUAUUCAGCAUUUUGAGUUAUCAUCGCUCUCCGAAAAUGAUUGUUGGCUACUAUUCGAAAAACGUGCAUUUAUGUAUGGAACACCAAAAACUCCAAAUUUGAUUGCUAUUGGAAAAGAAAUAGCAAGAAAAUGUAAGGGUGUUCCUUUAGUUGCAUGGAUAUUGGGAAGUCAAUUGGGGUUCAAAAGUGAUGCAAAUGAAUGGUGCAGAAUAAGAGACCGUGAGAUAUCAGAAAUAUCCCAAUAUGAAUCUGAUCUUUUGCCUAUUCUAAGUUUGAGUUACUAUGACCUCCCGUAUCAUUUGAGAAUAUGCUUUUUGUUUUGUGCUAUAUUUCCUAAGGAUACUAGAAUUGAAAAGGAGAGAUUAAUCCAAUUGUUGAUGGCCCAUGAUUUAAUUCCUGCAGUUAAAAACCAAGAAGUGGAAGAUGUUGGGAAUAUAAUUUGGAAGGAUUUGUGUUGGAGAUCCUUUUUUCAAGAUGAAAAAGAGAACCAAGAUGGGUAUGAAAGAGUUUAUACAUCAUGUAAGAUGCACGAUCUUAUGCACGACCUUGCGCAAUCUUUUAUGAAAUAUGAAUGUUUUAAAAUGGAUGCUAAUACCUCAAGUGAUGGUUUAGGACGAGAAAUUCGUCAUGUAACAGUAAUGGUUGAUGAGGUAGACAAAACAUCAGUUUCUUCUCUUAAGAAAAAUCGAGGGUUACAUUCACUAAUGCUCCAUGGCAGAGAUGUUGGAAAUGUCACAAAGGAGAUUUUGAGUGUCUUGAAGGAACUUCCGUCUUUACGUGUCCUUGAAGUAUGCCGUAAUGUGCAAUAUCAGGAUUUGCGUUACGUGGGAUCUCUAAAACAUCUUCGAUACUUAAAUCUUUCUCAUAUUAAGGUAACUAGAUUACCUAAUAGUAUCUGUGAUCUUUUGAACUUACAAACUCUGAACCUCAAUUACUGUUAUGAGCUUGAAAGUUUGCCUAGAAAUACGAAAUGUCUUAUUAGCCUGCGGCAUCUCUAUUUAAAAGGUUGUGAUGGAUUACAAUAUAUGCCUAAAGGGAUGGGACAAUUGAUACAUCUAAAGACGUUAAACAUGUUUGUGAUAGGCCAGAAGGAGAAAGACGGUCAGCUAGAUGAAUUAAAAGAAUUGGAUAUCUGCGGAUCUUUGAAAAUUUUGAACCUUGGAAAAGUUAGUGAUGCAUCUAUUGCAAGAAGGAUAAGUAUGAGAAGUAUCAACGAGUUGGAGUUAAGAUGGACAUCUUAUCAGUUAAGAUAUUGUUUAUCUGAUGAUGAUAAUGAGACCAAGACUAGACAUGAGAAAAUAGGUGAAGUUCUGGAGGUGCAAUCUACUAGCCUGAAGAAAUUGAGAAUGAGUGGUUACAAAGGUGGGAAUCCCCCUAAAUGGGUGGGAAUGUCAUCUCCUUCUGUAUUAUUCCCUUUUCUAGAGGAACUUUCCAUUAGUAAGAUGAUGAAUUUGAGGGAAUUGGUGUCUCCUACUAUUCCUAGUCCCGAACCAUUCCCUAAUCUUUGCAAGUUGGAUAUUUCUCUCAUGAUGAAUUUGAGGGAAUUGGUGUCACCUAGCUAUUGGAGUACUGGAGCAUUCCCUAAACUAUACGUGCUGAAGAUAUCUGAUUGCCCAAAGCUAGGAAACUUGCCACCACAUCUCAACGCACUCAAAGAGCUAACCGUUGAAGGUGAAUGUUCUGAUGAACUCUUAUAUAGCAUCUCAAAUUUUAAUGGUCUCAAACGUCUACAUCUUUCAAGAUUGUAUAAUGUGAAGCACAUAUUCAACAACAUGAACACUAGUGCUAGUAGUAAUGAGAUGAAUGGAAUUGAAGUAGUGUUUUUCCCUUUGUUAGAGGAACUUGUUAUUGGUGAGAUGAAGAACUUGAGGGAACUGGUGUCUCCUACUAUUCAUAUUACCGGAUCAUUCCCUAAUCUAUGCAAGAUUGAGAUAUCUUAUUGUCCAAACCUAAGGGCCUUGCCACCGCAUCUCAAAUCGCUCAAACAUGUAAUCCUUGAAGGUGAAUGUUCGGAUGAGUUGUUAUGCAGCAUCUCAAAUCUUAGUGGUCUCACUCAUCUCUGUCUUUAUGACAUGGACAAAAGAAAUGUUUUAUUUCCAUCUGCAUUAAGGAUUGAUGAUGAGGAGGAGAUAUCACCGUCAGCUCUUGCAGACAACUAUGAAGCACAGAGAGUACGGUCAACUUUUCAAUCUCUUCCAUAUCUGGAAAUUAAGAACUGCUGCAAGUUAAGGCAUUUGUUUGAUGAGGGAAUGAUAUUAAUGCAACAGACGUUAAAGAUUAUUGGCUGCGAGAAACUAGUGUCUCUAUCACCAAAGCAUCAUCAUCUUCAAGGAGAAAGUGAAAGAACAAGAGCUGUCAAGAAAUUGCAUAUUGAGAGAUGCCCUGAGUUGAUGAUAUCACUUGAGGAAUUUGAAAACCUCAAUAUUAAUAAUUCACUACAGAGUUUGUAUAUUGAGGAUUGCCCCAAGUUGGUGUCUUCAGAAGAAGCAGGCGAUUUUAUCACACUCCUACGUUCCAUUCGAACAAGACUUGGUCCUCAGAAUUUCACAGUAGAUGUUCUAAAGGAAGAGGAAGAGCAGAGCAUAUAAGAAAAUUUGGGGGACCUCAUUUCUAAAGUUAUUGUCUAUACCGCCAAACUGCGUGCAGAUCUUACAUUCUGAUUCAGCGAUGCAGCCAAAUCUGAAACCAUGAAAGCACUCAAUCAAUCACUCACACCCUUAAAGCCAAGUUAUGCAGAUUUGAUCUUUGCAUUCGAUA